CCCCUUUGCUCUUUUGCUCCUCUCUCCUAUAUUUUGGCUCUGCCUCUCGAUUCUUCCUCUGUUUUCGUUUUCUUUUUGUGCUUUCUAUUAUUGUUAUUUUUGUCUCCUAAGUACGAUUUCGUCUAAACGUAUUCUUCAUUCGUUCAUAAGCUUCUUUCAUUUUUGCCGGCUAAAAAGGUGAGGGAAAAGAAGAAUACAUCAGAGUUAUUUCUUCAGCUGCAAAUUUCUUUCUAUACCCGUGUGAGACAACAUGGGAGAUCACUUCGUGCUGCUGGUUGAUCGGUUGAUAACAGAAUCCACCAUUGAGGCUGCCAUUCAGAGCAGGAACCGUAUGUUGCAGGCUAAUAUACCCGCCGAGGAAUGUACUGUCCUCGAUGAGAAAACCCUUGAGAAGCUGCGUAACGGAGAUUUGUCAAUGGCCCAGUGCAGGAUCUGUCACGACGACGACUUGGAUUCAAACAUGGAGACUCCUUGCUCUUGCAGCGGCAGCUUGAAGUAUGCGCAUCGGAGGUGCGUGCAAAGAUGGUGUAACGAGAAAGGUGAUACCACCUGCGAGAUUUGCCAUCAGGAAUUCAAGCCGGAUUAUACAGCACCGCCCCCGUUGCUAGAGUUGGGUCAGGUUCCUCUCCAUUUCAGGGGAAACUGGGGAAUCUCUCAACGGGAGCACCGUUUCAUCACAGUUGUACCUGCUGAUUCCACUUUUAUCGACCAACAAUAUCCUCUUUCUUCCACCACAAGCUUCAUCUGCUGCCGUUCCCUUGUUCUCAUUUUCAUGGCCCUUCUCAUUCUCCGACAUACCCUCCCUUUAGUCCUCACCGGAUCAAACCUCCAUGUCUUCCCUUUGUUUACGGUGAGUUUAUCACCUCCACAACAGAUUCAAGGGAGUAAGUUGAUGACCCCUAAUUGUUAUUUUGGUUUUCAGUUGCUAUUUCUUAGAGUACUUGGAAUCAUGCUACCUAUCUAUGUCGUCACCAAAGCAGUCGCCACCUGCCGCCGCCAUUCUCAGACCUUAGACACCUCUCACUCCGAAGAUUCAUCUGAUGAAGAAACAGAUUCAUGGCGCCUGCCUCAAACACAAUCUUACAUUAUAGGCGUUCGAUGAGCACUCUUCUUUUCUUUCACACACACACACACACACAGAAAGUCAAAUGUCACUGUAAAUAUAAUUUCUGCUUAUACAUGUAAAAUGUUGGAUUGGUUUAACAGAUUGAAAAAAGAAAAGAAAAGUAUCUCAUUUGCAAA